UCUUUUUUUACUUUUUCUUUUGCUAUCUUCUUAUUUCCAUAAGACCUCCUUUUCUACAUAUGCCUUCCCGAAUACAAUUACAAGUAACGAAUGUAGAUUACAAGAGACAAGAUCCCGUAUUUUGGAUAGAAGUAAAAACCACCCUAACGAAGUACAAACAAAAACAGAAACGCUUUCCAAGAUACUAUUCGGAAUUGUCGAAAUUGCAUGAUCAUUUAGCUUCAACAUUGGAUGAUGUAUUAAUACCAGCUCUACCAACUUGUCCUACCCCUCGCUUAGACAAAGAAGGAAAAUUGGUUGGAAGACAGUGGUGGUUAAGUAUCAAACUUCCUCACGAAAGCAGCAGUGAAAAGGUGGAUGCAGGUUUAGUAGAGAAUAAAAUUCAAGAUUGGUUAGAUAGAGUAUCCGAACACGAAAGAGUACAAGAUAGCGAGGGACUACGAGAGUUUGUCGAGAGUGAAGUGGCCAAGUUUAGGCCUACAUCAAAUAACUUUAAAUCAAGAAAUAAAUUGCCUUUAAUUAAUGUAUCGGAAGAAGACAUGGAACCUGAAUUUGAAUAUUGUAUGAAAGAGUUGACUACAUUUUCCAGCAAUUUAAGUCAAAUAAUAGCAAGAUUAGAAAAACUGGUGAAUGAGGAAAAUGAAAUGUCUAUUUGCUGGAUGAAUUUAUCUUCAUCUUGGGUUUCUUAUGGCGGUAUUGAACGAAAUCCCGGUUUAUUUAUAUUAUACAAGUCUGUGGCAAAAGGAUAUCAACAAUUGUCUGAUUUAGAGAGAUUCCAAGCGAUAGCACUGAACGAGACAAUAGGCGAUGAAAUAUUAUACCAGACAAGAAAUUGUAAUUCCGCACAGAAUGCAAUGCAAAGAAGAUUGAACGCAUUAUCUGACUACCUAACUAGUAGAAAAAUUACUGAAUCCAGUCUAAAGAGUGUAGAGAGGCUUAAAUCGUCUACUAUUAUCGAUCGACAACAAGCAAGCGAAGCCAUUGCUAUUUUAGAAAAUGCUCGAACAAAUCAAAAUGCAAAUAAAGAUAGGUUUAAUAAAGUGGAUACAAAUCUUAGAAACGAUAUCGAAGAAAAUUACAGGCCCAACGUUAAAAAGGACAUGCUGAGGGCUAUAAAGGAAUUUGCUAAAAGUCAACUAUACCUGGAAAAGAAGAAAUUACUCAUCUUUCAAGAAAUUCUUGAAAAUAAAAAGAUGUGACGACAUAAUUUUAAAUCACAGAUUUUAAUGAUUUAUAAAAAAAAAAAAUACAACCGCGUUUUAUUUUAUUGUUUUGUUUGAAAUAUAAUUGUCAUCUUUAUAAUGAGCGAACAAACAUUUGAAAAGGGCGUUGCACCUCCCAAGGUUAAGCUUAACGGAUCUGGUCU